UUUCCGCGUGCGGCGUAGUUUGUGAACGGAUACAGCGGCGGCACCUGGACCCGAUCCCGCCGGAGGCCCCCGCCUGGACCACGCCCCCGGCCCCGCCCCUGCCUCGGACCCCCGAUUGGAGCCGGAGCCCCCGUCCGCCUCGGAGCCCUUCGAGGGGCUGGACCCGCCCUAGCUGGGCUCCCUCUCGGACAGACUCCCCGGGGCAUACCACCUGCACCCCCUCCCGAUUGGGGCUGGGACCCGCCAUAGGGGUCGGGACUCCGCAGGAGUCAGAAUCCCCCCCGUUCCCUAUCAGAAUCCUCCCCAGUGGGGGCCCCACCCCAAAGAGGCCCCCAUCCCCUUGGCGCCUACAUCCCCCUCUCGGGGUGGGACCAGCUGUUGUACUGAGACACCCCCGACCCCGCACACGCUCUUAUUGUGGACUGGAGUCCAUCUCCUGAGCCCCCACGCAGGGGCCAGUCCUAGCCUGCGGAGCCCCCCCCCCCCCAGCCUAGUAUCCCCUGGAUUCUUCUGGUUCCCAAACUGGGAGCCCCCCUCCUUGACUCCCUCCAGCCAGGGAGCCCCUACCCCCGUACCUCCUUGAUUCCCAGCCUGGGACCUAGCCUGACUUCUGGCAGAAAUGGAUGACCUGCUGCCACUUGUCCUCCUCCAUCAGGACUGGGGCCUCCAGGAGCCCACCCCCAGCAGCACCCCCUACGUGGAGAUCAUCGAACAGCCCAAGCAGCGUGGCAUGCGCUUCCGCUACAAGUGCGAGGGGCGCUCGGCCGGCAGCAUCCCUGGGGAGCGCAGCACCGACACCACCAAGACCCACCCCACCAUCAAGAUCAAUAAUUACACAGGCCCCGGGAAGGUUCGUAUCUCUCUGGUGACCAAGGACGCCCCCCACCGACCCCACCCCCACGAGCUGGUGGGCAAAGAUUGCAAGGAUGGCUACUAUGAGGCCGAGCUAUCACCUGAGCGCAACAUCCACAGCUUCCAGAAUCUGGGCAUCCAGUGUGUGAAGAAACGGGAGCUGGACGAGGCUGUGGCACAGCGCAUCCGCACCAACAACAACCCCUUCAAUGGUGAGUGA